UAUUAAUGUUACUUACGAUGGGCGGAGUAGAUUUUCGUCACAAUCACUGUCAAAGACAACACUAGCCCCACUAGAGCCAAUCUCCACUCGCUCAAAACGGGCUUUUCCGUUUUGAGGUUAGAUCUACGUGACGAAAGUGGGGUACUUUCGUACUUUUGGCUCAGUCUUUGCCGCAGCAUUUUUCGAUUUUGUUACUAUUUUGUAUUUUGUUUACGUAUUUUUGACGUUUGGUGGUGACGUAACAGCGCCGCCAUUUUAUCCGCCACGUGACCACAAGUCGACCAAUCGCGAUCAUUCUCUACGUGUGGUAACAAACAUAAGAACAUCGCGGGUUGACUCAUCAGUAGUCAGACGACCGGUGGCCGUGUAAGAAUGAUAAGAAAUUAAAAACACGCAAAAAAAUAUAUCCAAAAAUGCAAAUGCAACGAGAAGUCGGCGUCGGCGAUUUUGUCCUUUUGGACAAGAUUGAUUUAGAUAAUUUCAUGAAAAACCUGGAACUCAGGUUCAAACAUGGCAAGAUUUACACCUACAUUGGCGAGGUUUGCGUCUCGGUUAAUCCCUACAAGACGAUGAAUAUCUACGACCAAAAAUUCAUCGAUCAGUAUAAAGGUAAUCAAUCUAGCCUUGAUCCUUAUCAAUUACUACUUGAUAAUUGA